AUGUGUCAAUCCAAUAGGACUAAAUACAAAGAUGGCAUGGUUAAAGUUUUGUCUCAGAAGGAAUGGGAAAGGUUAAAUUCUUGGCUUCACAAAGAGGAGAUAAAUGCUUCCAAAUGCCAAAGAGAGUUUGAAGAGAGAGAGAGAAUAAAGCAGGAAUCGUAUGAAAUUCACAAGCAUUGGACUAAUACAGUUAUGGGUAUGCGAAAUAGGAAGUUAGAAGCUAGAGAAGAACGACUGCGCAAAGAGGAAGAGGAAAGAGUUGCUGUUGAUAAGGCUUGGGCAAAGCAACAAGCCGAGGAACGUCGACAGAAACUCUGCCUUGCCCGCACACUUAAACUCUAUACAGUUCCGAGAAUUAAGCAUUUUCAUACUGCCCUUCACAUCGGUGAUGCAAUGAAGGAAAAUGAAUUGCAAUUGGAAUUAAAGAAGCUUAAAAGUGAAGCAGCGGCUAAGAAGGGUGAAAUUGAACUUGAGGCCAUGAAAAAGUCCUUUGAAGAAGCUGAAAAGGAAGAACGCCAAAAAUAUGCGGAAAGACAAGCCGCUGAACGUGCAAUUAGUGAAGAACAACUACGACAGAUCCAGGAGCGUCGCGAAUUGGAAGAAAGAGAGAAGGCCGAGUUAGUGGCCGAGAGGGAGGUUAUCCGUCAACUCGCAAAAGAAGCGGAAGAACGAAACUUCCAACUGCGUGAGGAGAAAUGUCGGCUUCAACGAAAGGCCAUCCAAGAUCAGCUCGAUGAGAUUGAGUACAAAAAGAAGUGGCUUCGAGGGCAGCGCGCCGACGAGGAGAAAGAAGAUGAGAGGGAGCUGCUUUUUGUGGCAGCAAAGCGCAAAAUAGGUAUAAUGUCUCUCGAGAAGGAAGCAGCCGCUAAAGCAGCACGAGACGCCGUUCGGGAGAAAAUGGUCGACUUUAUUUCUGAUAAAAUCCAAAAGGAAAAUGCGUUCCGUGAGGCUUCUCUAAAAGCCGCCAUGGAAUCGGACAAUGCCAAGUGGAACAAGCGUGUUGAAGAUGAAGCCAGAAAGAAAGAAGAUACUCUCAAAGAAAUUGAAGCUCAUCGACAAAAGACUCUAAAGGAAAAUGAGGAACUUAGAGUGCGCCAAGCAGAGGAGGCAAAAGAGGACCUAGAGAGACGUAAAGCGUUGGACGAAAAACACCGCUGUGAGGAUGAGGAACGCAAAGCUCAGAAUCGACAGAAGUGCCAAGAGCUUGUGGAGAUCUAUAAGCAGGAAAUUAAGCGACACGAAGAGGAGAAACUAAAGGCUCGUUUGGAAGAUACCAAGUAUUUGCAAAGCGUUGAAGAACAAGAAGAAAUGUUCCAGAACUAUGCAAAACGCGCGAUUAAAAAUUGUGAGGAAACCGGAAUACCAACUUAUGCGAUGAAGAAAGUGGCGAACCAGAAAUUAAUCGAUGGAUUUGGAAUAACAAAAGCUGAGACCGAUGAAAGCGAAGAAUGUGAACUUCUUCCAGAUUUGCCACCCUUUAAAGUGCAUCUUAGUCUCUGA